GACCCGGAAACAAACACGUCAUCGACUCGCAUUUCCGUGCCAACAUGGCGGCAUCCAUGGCAGCCCAGGUUGCAACGAGAGGACUCGGCGUAGCCGCGUCACAGCACCUAUUCCUGAACAGGCUCAAGUGCAACUGGCUCACUCCGAAAAGAUGGCUGAAUCUUCAGGAGUACCAGAGCAAAAAGUUGAUGCAAGAGUAUGGCGUGGCCGUCCAACGCUUCUUCGUAGCCGACACGGCCUCGGAGGCCCUCGAGGCUGCAAAGAGACUCGAUGCCAAAGAGAUUGUGUUGAAAGCUCAGAUUCUGGCUGGUGGAAGAGGCAAGGGUGUAUUUGACAGCGGCCUCAAAGGUGGAGUGCAUCUAACCAAGGACCCCGCAGUUGUUGGUGAGCUGGCCCAUAAGAUGCUGGGUUUCCGUCUGACAACCAAGCAGACGCCUAAAGAUGGAGUCAAAGUGAAAACGGUGAUGGUUGCCGAGGCCUUGGACAUAAACAGGGAGACCUACUUUGCCAUUCUAAUGGAUCGCGCCUGUAAUGGUCCCGUUAUGGUUGGAAGUCCCCAGGGAGGCGUGGAUAUUGAGGAAGUAGCAGCCACCACACCGGAACUCAUUUUUAAGGAAGUCAUCGAUAUCUUUGAAGGUGUACAGGACGCCCAGGCGGUUCGGAUGGCAGCUAAUUUGGGUUUCAAAGGCCCUCUGCAGAGACAGGCAGCAGAUCAGAUUAAGAGGCUCUAUGAUCUCUUCCUGAAAGUCGACGCCACUCAAGUUGAAGUCAACCCACUUGGAGAGACCCCUGAAGGACAAGUGGUCUGCUUCGACGCCAAGAUCAACUUUGACGACAACGCCGAGUUCCGCCAAAAAGCCGUCUUUGCCAUGGAUGACAUGACUGAGAGCGACCCCACGGAGAUGGAAGCGGCCAAGUGGGAUCUCAAAUACAUCGGUCUGGAUGGGAACAUUGCCUGCUUCGUGAAUGGAGCCGGACUGGCCAUGGCCACAUGCGACAUCAUUGACCUGCAUGGAGGAAAACCAGCGAACUUUCUCGAUCUUGGGGGAGGGGUCAAAGAGAGGCAGGUGUAUGAGGCCUUCAAGCUUCUCACGGCUGACCCAAAGGUGGAGGCCAUCCUGGUCAACAUUUUUGGCGGGAUCGUCAACUGUGCCAUCAUCGCCAACGGUCACCAAGGCUGCCGGGAGCUGGAACUCAAAGUGCCUCUGGUGGUCAGGCUCGAAGGGACCAACGUGCACGAGGCCAAGCGGAUCCUGAGCGAGAGCGGCCUGCCCAUCACGGCCGCGGACAAUCUGGACGACGCGGCCCAGAAAGCCGUGGCCGCCAUCAACAAGUAGAAAAGCCCCGUUGAGCUUCCUCGGCGUCCUCCGGGUGGCCUUACUUUCCAUGACGACCACGGAGACCACCUCGGGCCUUCGAUCGUAUAUUUGCUGGCCUUGAAGAUCUCAAAACGCCGUGCUUUCCAACACAUCCCGUAGUCACUCUCCUCUAUCGUGCUGUGACACAUUUACGGCCAUUUUUUGCAACACAAAAAAAAAUGCAUCGUUCCAAUCAAGAGAAAUGUUGUAAAUCGCCUCGUCUUUGACAGAGCUCGGAGGCUGCCAAUCGCACAAUCACGCCAGCAGCCCAAAUGCCCGAAGCGCGGGCACUCUGUUCUACAUUCCUCCCGCAUUCCCAAAAACGUGCACUUCAUGGAACACAUGAAAUUGAGCUCAGGCGUGAUUGUGAGCGCAGAGGCUUGUUGUUGGUCAAUGCGUGCCUUGGGAUUAGCUGGUAACCGGUUGAGGGUGUCCGCCCCGCCCACUGCCCAAAGAUGCCCCGCGAUUCCUCGUGAGGAGAAGCGGAUCCGAAAAUAGAUGGAGGCAUACAGAUCUAUAUUGAGAUACAUAAACCUCUGUGUGCCGUACUAUUUUUUUUUUUUGUUUUAUUACCGUGUAAUGGUGAAAAAGGCCAAAGGGAAAUCUAUGAAAAGAAUUUGAAGAUAUAAUGAUUGCCUAAUUUCAUUCAAUUAAAUUAAUUCUGAUUUC